AUGGGAAGCCUCAGGUUACUGGGAGCUGCUUUCUUGGUUAUAGUUGUUUUUGACGUUUGUUUAGCAGCUAGAUCACCAAAAGCACUUGGUAGAGGGUCCGGUUCAGGUUCCGGAUAUGGUUCAGGCUCUGGGGGAGGCAGCGGUGGCGGAGGAGGUGGAGGUGGAGGUGGCGGUGGAGGAGGAGGAGGAGGCGGUGGAGAAGGAUCAGGUUCAGGGAGUGGCUACGGUUCAGGGUAUGGAUCCGGUAGUGGUUACGGGUCUGGAGAAGGAAACGGUGGAGGAGGCGGUGGAGGCGGCGGCAAAGGCGGUGGAGGUGGAGGGGGAAAUGGAGGUUCCGGAUACGGGUCAGGUUAUGGAAGCGGCUCGGGAUAUGGAAGUGGUGGUGGUAAAGGUGGCGGAGGGGGUGGUGGAGGCGGAGGUGGAGGAGGAGGUGGUGGUGGUGGUGGUGGUAGCCGAGGGAAUGGAUCAGGCUAUGGAAGUGGAUACGGUGAAGGGUAUGGGAGCGGAUAUGGUCGUGGAGAUAAUAAUUACGGUGACUCGCCCUAA